CUCAUCCUCAUCGACCUCAACCCCCCCGGAAUCAAUCGUCGCCAUCGACAGCCCGCAUCCCGCCCCGACCUUCGCUCCAGCGGGCAUCCAAAAUCGAGCUGCCAUUGCGACACUCGACGAGCCCAGCGCGGGCUCUGGCUCCAGCGACCCCCUCCGCCGCCGCCUUCGUUGCCUGGCAUGGCCGCCGCCGACGAUGAGAAGAGAGGCGCGACGAGCGGGGCAGACGAGGUGCCUCGUCGCCCUUCCGCCGUCUCUCUCAACAAGUCGGAGGAUCCUUCGGUAAGAAGAAGAACCCCGCGCGUACUCGACGCUCGUGACCGUGCCAAGGCCUGGCCAGCGAAAAGUCGCUCGCGACGUCGAUUGAACCGGUCGCGGGCAUGCGAAGCGACCCAGGGCGGCGCUGACAGCAUCAUCUCACGCGACUGCAGGAACCCUUCUCCUAUGACGAAGACGAUCGCUACGCAUACGCAAACUCGGAGCAGCGCCAACAGACCAUGACUGAGCACGACCUCAAUGUCACCGAAGACGACCUGCUCGAAGCGAAAGAGCUCGCCUCGCAAUAUACGCUUGAUGAAGUCCGCAGCAUCAUGAUCCGGGUCCACCGCAUUCACGAAAAAGACCCCAACUUCCCUGCCACCGUCAUACAGAAGAUCAAAGCAUUUCUCGAGAACGAGUCUGUCUUUUCUAAUCCCGAAAAGCACCAACACCUCAUCCAGGAGAUGAAACUGGAGGCCGCCCUCGUCACCAGCAAUAGCCCGUACGCCGAAGUGCGCGCUGUCGUCAGUAACAAGGAUGACCCCAAGACGCCGUGCUCGACGAUACGGAGCUGGACCAUCGGGCUGUUCUUUUCGCUUCUGCUCGCGUUCAUCAAUCAACUCUUCGACAUUCGCCAGCCCGCCAUUCGAGUCAUGGCGAAUGUCGCGCAGUUGUUGGCGUACCCCAUUGGCAAGGCCGCGGAGAACUGGCUACCUGAUAAGGGCUUCACACUGUUUGGUAUCCGACACUCGCUGAAUCCGGGGCCCUUCUCUAAGAAGGAGCAUAUGCUCAUCACCAUCAUGGCCAACGUUGCAUACAACACCCCUUACACCAACUACAUCAUCUGGGUGCAGUAUUUGCCGCAAUACUUUGAUCAGCCAUACGCCUCGCAUUUUGCAUACCAGCUGCUGAUUGCCCUUGCGACCAAUUUCAUCGGCUAUGGCAUGGCUGGCGUCUGUCGUCGCUUCCUCGUUUACCCGUCGUACUGCGUCUGGCCCGCUUCGCUCGUCACGAUUGCCCUCAACUCGGCUUUCCAUAACGAUGUCAACCCCCCGGUCGAAGGCCCCUUCCGCCGGAUCUGGCGCAUAUCCCGCAUCAAAUUCUUUUAUCUCAUGUUCGCCGCCAUGUUCGUCUGGUUCUGGUUCCCGAACUACAUCUGGGUCGGUCUGUCCAAGUUCAACUGGAUAAGCUGGAUCGCGCCCGGUCACCGGGACGUCAAUGUUAUCACGGGCAUCAACAAUGGUCUCGGCGUCAACCCCUUCCCGACUUGGGACUGGAACGUUUUGCUCUGGGACUCGGCCGACCCCCUCAUGGUGCCCUUCUUCAGCACCCUGAACAGGUUCAUCGGUGUUUUCGUCUCUUUCUGGGUUGUGCUGAUCUUCUGGUACAAGAACGUGUAUAACACGGGAUACCUCCCCAUCAACACGAACAGAGUCUACGACCACUUUGCGCAGCUAUACAACAUCACGAAAGCGACCGACGACCACGGGCUGUUCAACCAGGAAAAAUAUGCGCAAUAUUCCCCUCCCUUUCUGGGCGCUGGAAAUAUUGUCAUUUACAUGUUCUUCUUUGGCAUUUAUACGUCGACGCUCACGUAUGCUGCGCUCUACCACCGACACGAGAUCAUCAUGGGCUUCAAGGCUUUGUUCAACAGCCUGCGCAGGAAGAAGAAGACCAAGCAGGACGACACCAGCCUCGAUGUACACAACCGACUUAUGCAAGCGUAUCCUGAGGUUCCGGAGUGGUGGUACAUGAUCUGCCUGGCGGUGGCCAUCGGCUUGGGCAUUGGUGGCAUCGUCGGCUGGGACACGCACACCUCGCCCGGGGUCGUCUUCUAUGGUCUGGCCCUGUGCGUGGUCUUUGUGAUUCCGGUCGGCAUCAUCAAAGCAAUGACGGGCAUUGAGGUGACCCUCAACGUCCUGGCCGAGUUUGUCGGUGGCUCUUGGGUCGAUGGCAACGCGCUCGCCAUGAACUACUUCAAGUCGUUCGGUUACGUUACCUGCGCCCACGCCAUCUGGUUCUGCAACGACUUGAAGUUGGCUCAUUACGUCAAGAUCCCCCCUCGUCAGACCUUCAUUGCGCAGAUCAUCGCCACUUUCAUUAGCACCAUUGUUUGUAUCGGGGUUCUCAACUUCCAGAUGCAGAACAUCGAUGGCGUCUGCACCCCGAACGCGCAAUACAAGUUGACGUGCCCGGGCGUCAACACUUUCUUUACUGCCUCCGUGCUGUGGGGCACAGUCGGGCCAGAGAGGAUCUUCGGGCACGGCGGCCAAUACAGCGCGACACUUGUCGGCUUCCCACUGGGAGUCGUCAUCGUCGUGUUCUUUUGGGCGCUCAGCAAAAAGUUCCCCAACUGGACUUGGGUGCGGCAAAUUCAUCCCGUGGCCAUCAUGUACGGCGGCAUCGUGUGGGCGCCGUACAACAUGUCGUAUGUCUGGCCAUCGGUGCCCAUUGCCUACUUCUCGUGGAUCUACCUCAAGUCUCGCUUCCUCGGCCUGUGGUCCAAGUACAACUUUGUCCUCUCUGCGGCCUGGUCGUGCGGUAUUGCUAUUUCUGGCAUCAUCAUCUUUUUCAGCCUGCAGUAUACCGGAACCGACUUCGACUGGUGGGGAAACCAGGUCUCGCAAAUGGGCUGCGAAGGCGACUCUUGCGAGCUCAAGACGCUUGGGCCCGGGGAGUACUUUGGGCCGCGGAUGGGAGACUUUAGCUGAUAUUGAGCACUCCACACAGAGUUGGAUGGUUUCACGGCCACAAUAUGGAGUUUUGAUGCCCGGAGUUUCGGAUUUGGCAACACUUGGGUGAUUGGGUCUAGCAUGUUAGCAUUCUGUCUUUUGGUUUUGGACGAGCACUUUGGGAGUAAUGUUAUACCCCUUUACGACGGGAAGAUGUACGGCGGGGUGGUGAGCCGGUCGUCGGCGGUGCAGCCACGUCUAGUCCCAAUCUCUAUACGUAGGGACCUGGUGUAUCAUAGGCUGCCCUGAAGAUAAAGAAUACUUGGAUUUCACAAAUCAUCGCAGUUGGCCCCGCCUGCUCAUCAUUUGUACCAAUUGGCCGCUGCUGCCCUCCUACUUCCUCUCACCCCCAACCCUAACUUCAAGAUCGGUCAAGGUUGUAUCCCUCUGCCCCCCUUUUGGUAACCUCAUACUACACGCAUCGCGGGUCCAUACUGCAUCGCGCACGGGAGUAUCGGCACCGCAAUACGGCACAAGCGGGCUGUAGAAUGAGAGUGGAAGAAUAUGGACAUGCGCUUUGACCAAGGGAAUUACGUAGUGAGUUCAGGCGAUGGAAGCAUUCACUGUGCUGGCGGUGCUCUGUGCUCGGUAGGUGAGGCGCCUCCUACUGCGUCCUAGGCAAGCGGGCCACGUAAUUGGUGACAAUUAGAUACGUCGUAGGGUGGCCAACGUGAGCAGGAGGUCCUGUCU